AUGGUUUUUCUAAAACUACUGCCAACUGUUACAUUGAGCUUUAUAGCUUUAUUAACUAAUACUGUAUUGGCUGAAACUGUCAAGACUGGCCACAAAUCCACUCAUGCACAGAGCCAUCAGCAUCGCUACAAUCAACAGUCACAUGCGGCUUUAAGACAUCAAGUGUUUAGCGAUAUGUUUAAAACACCGCUAAUAAAUGUUGUGUUUGGAACUCAAUCCAUCUCUCACUCUGAAGCAUCCAAGUUGCUUUCGAACUCGGAUUCAAACGUGAUGCAACUCAAAUAUGAUCAGUCCAUGUUCAUCUGUUCUAUACCAUCCAAUCUGGUAGUGACAUCCGCAUCUGCCUCUGUGGUAGAUAAUACGGAAAAGAACCGUAUUAUUCUUCAAGCAAUGGCAAAGCUAAAAACUAUGGGCUCAGCUUGUUUAAAACAUAGCGAUCGAUUGUGGGACUAUGACUUUUGUCCAGGAAAAUAUGUUCGUCAGCAUCAUACUUGGCCCAAAACAUCCAAGCAAAAAAAAGGCGGCAGUAUAGAGUAUUUUCUCGGAUACAUGGACAAAGAAAAACUAACCAAAUCAAAAUCCAAGGUUUUCUCUGCUCCUCAGCUCAUUGAAGAUGAUGAUAAUGGAAAACAUCAUUUACGCCAGGUAUGGGGAUUUGGAGAUAUGUGUACAGAUAUUGGCGAGCACAGAACUGUUGAAGUUCAGUACCAUUGCUGCACUCAUCAACAUAUCUCGUAUUUACGUGAAUAUAGUGUUUGCAAGUACAUUGUGUCUGUUCAUACACCUAUCAUGUGCUUUCAUCCCAUAUUUGAAUCUCAAAAACAAGAAGCAGCCAAUCAAAUACAAUGUAAACAGAUUGAAAUGCAGCCAUUAUUCCCGGAAACCAUGUCUGAAUCAUCCUAUAUUGAUGCAGAACCCAAAGUGAUAUCUGCACCUGUAACACCCAAUGUACAACCAAAGAAGAAAUUCAAAAAAUGGUUGACUGCAUACGAUAUGAAUGAGCUAGGAUGUACUUCUCCCAUCCAAUGCAUAAAAUCUUUACAACAUCCCAUUGAAUCUUUGGAUGGAAUGGAUACAAAAAAGUUGCAAUCACAAACCGACACUACUUCAGAAACAUCUGCAGAUUCCAUUGAAUCAGAUUCAACCCAAUCUAAUCAAGUACCGAGCGAUCACGAGGAAUCCAACACGGACGAACCAGUCAUGGUGCGUAUUACAACGAUUGAGCAAGAAUGGGUGGUGUUUGAUGCUUUACUGGAAGUGCGAUAUCAGCUUGCGGUUGAACGACAAGAAUUGGCAAUCCUUCGAUUAGAUUCUCUCGAUACCAAGCCUAUUAUUAUUGCUGGGUUGGAAACUGCAUUGUCCACUAACGAGAUUCAUAAACUAUACGAUCUUGUCAUGACAAUGCUAGACAGUGACACAAGAGAUAGAAACUGA